AUGCUGCAGGUAGCCAUGGCACGCAAGCAAAAGCGCGCCAAAGCCGAGCCCGGAUCGUCCGGCCGCGGUGCCAAAGCUGAGAAAGCGGGCCCCAACCCGUACGACAGAAGUUUCCAGAACAAGCGGCGGCGGCACGCCGUGCUCAACGAGCGCGUGAAGGGCGAGCAGCGGAACGUGGCCAGGAGCCGCGUGGCGGCGACCAGCGAGCGGAAGCAGAAGCUGCUGCAGGAUCAGCUCACGGCGGGCCGCAGCUCCAAGUUCCGCGACGCCCGCCUGGGCGGCGAUGCGGACGACGGCGCUGGCGUGCAGCGCCUGGUGCGCUUGCGGCAGCGCCAAGCGAAGAAGAGCUUCAACUUGGGGAAGUUGUCCACUGAGGACCUCCACCACGGUGGCCAGCCUCUCAGCUCCUUGCCAGACUCGGAGCUCAGACGUUCAGCGGAGAGCGAUGAGGAGGACCCCGGCACGACCAUGGACGACAUCAUCGAGAUGGGCCGUGCGCGGAAGGAGGAGGCGGCACGGGAGAGGGAGGAGCUGGAACGUCAGAGGGGCGAUUUGGACAAGGACUUCUCCUCCAUCAUGGGUGAGCUCAAUUUCCGGCCGAGCAAGGCUCAGCGGCCAAUUGAUCGUGCAGAGCCAGACACCUACGACAAGUUGCUGAAAGAGCUGGUCUUCGACAAGAAGGCAACAGCCACUGAACGCACGAAGACGCCAGAAGAGAUUGCUCGCGAGAAGGCAGAGAAGCUUGAGGCUUUGGAAAGGCAGAGGUUGGCGCGAACCGAUGGUCUAGCUGAAGAUGUGGACGAGGAGAGUGAGGUGAUGGGUGCCAGCGACAGGGAGGCGGAAGAUGAUCAAGAAGAGGAGGAGGGAGAAGAGGAGGAGCAGGAAGAGGACGCUUUGGAGCCAGAAGGCGAUGCACAACUGGGAGAUGCACUGGGCGCAGACAUGGAGGACAAGGCCAAGGAUGGUAAAGAUGAGGACGAGGACGACCGUCUCGGGGAGGACUGCAUAAAGCUCAUGAGGAUCGACGAAGCUGAGAAGCCGUAUAAGCACUUCAUGAAGAAUGCGAGCGGCGAAGAGGGCCUACCAUUUGCCCCUGAGUGUCCAUCUGACCGGCUGUCAGUCGAGAAGCUCUUGGCAGGCUGCUCACCGACAGCAGCCUUGAAAUUGAUUCAACGGGUCCGCACGCGCACCUCCGCGGCCCUGGGCACGGAGAACCGCCGCAAGCUGCGGUCCUUCUUCCUGGCGCUGCUGGACUUCUCGGUGAACGUGGUGGCCCGCAGCGACGGGGACAUCAGCGCCGUGGGCAUGGCGUUGGUCUACGGCCUGCAGCGGCCCCUGCUGGAAAUGGCCAACGAGCACCCGGAGGCGGCCACCAACUACUUCCUGGAGCUGCUGAAAGACCUGGGGGAUCUGCCGAAGGCCAGGGAGUUGGCCGCCCUGAAGCUGGUGCCGUGGCUGUUCCCCGUCACCGACUUCCAGCACCCGGUGGUCACCCCUGCCACCAUCCUUGCGGACCACUGGGCGUCACAGCUGGCCGCGCUGGGGGAGAACAUCCAGGACCUCGUGUCCGAAGCUACCAUGCUCUGCACCAUCCUCUAUGAGCUUCUGUCCCCGGGCCAAAAGUUCUGCAGCUCUUUCUUCCAGCUGGGCGCUGCUUUGCUGGAGUCCUGCGCCGCUUCCGCCGAGCAGGGCCGGCAGCAGUGCGCGGACGCCGCGAAGGACAUCGCAGCGCUGCUGGCCAACGCUUUAAGUUCGAUGGAGCCUGCGGUGAAGUCCAUGAUCAUGCAGACGAUCCUGCAGCCUCGCCUGGGCCGCUUGCUCGGGAAGAAGGUCAUCAGCCAGGCGCUGCAGAUCUUGGACGAGGGGGGCCCGCUGAAGCCCUUGCAACUCUUUGAGGAGGGAGCGGUCCAGAUCAAGAUGCUGGACCCCAUCUUCCACGAGGAAGGUGACCGGCCACGGGGCAUGGAGGCGUCUGAGACCAAGCAGCUCCAAAGGAAGCUGAACCAGGAGCGCCGCGCGGCCGCUCGGCAGCUGUCGCGGGACUCUGCCGUGGUGCAGCAGCUGCAGAAUCAGAAGGCAGAGGUCCGCAGGAAGACGAGUCUGCAGGAGAAGAAGCGCGUGCGUCAGCUCAUGGACACGGAGAAGCAGGAGCUCAAGAAAAUGGCCACGGAGUUCGAUAAGACCAUGAACACCACCUUUGGCAGCUACUCCAAGACCAAAGAAAGGAAGAAAGCCAACCGGCGCAUGGCUGGGAAUGCUACCGCAGAGAAUCCCAAGGCGCCGAAGCCGGCGAAAGUGGCCAAAGGCCAGGCCAAGAAGCAAAAGGAAGGCAAGAGUUAA